CUUAAUUCCCUUUUCUUUACAGCGUGCCGCGUGUAAGGUUUUCAACAAUCAAAUUUUUUUAAAAAAUGUCAGAGGAAGGAGAUGGAAAUGGGUCGGGAGCAUCCCUCACUUUCCCUACGCAAUGUUCGGCACUACGUAAGAAUGGAUUUGUGAUGCUCAAGGGACGCCCAUGCAAGAUUGUGGACAUGUCUACCUCCAAGACAGGAAAGCAUGGCCACGCCAAAGUCCAUCUUGUUGGUAUCGAUAUAUUCACACAGAAAAAGUACGAGGAUAUUUGUCCCUCCACCCACAAUAUGGAUGUGCCGCACGUAAAACGCGACGACUACCAGCUCACUUACAUUAGCGACGAUGGAUACCUAACUCUAAUGAACGACACUGGUGUCAUUCGUGAGGACUUAAAAGUUCCCGACAGUCCAUUGGGUGUUGCUUUGCGCAACGAUCACGAAAGCGGCAAAGAUCUUUUGUGCACUGUACUAAAUGCCUGCAACGAAGAAUGUGUUAUCGCCGUCAAAAAUAAUACUGCUUUGGAUAAAUAAAAACGGCUGGAAAAGGUCAUCUAUCGAUCUUAUACUGGAAAAGUGUAAUGAUAUAAUGAAGAAAUAUCAAUUAAAUGAUUCCAAAAUACAA